GGUCUUAUUGAAAUUUUUUUUGGUGCACGUGUAACAGUAUCCGGUAUUAAAAUAGACCAUAGUGAACCAGCAUUGAUUAUAAUGAACCAUCGGACAUGUUUAGAUUGGCUAUUUUUUUGGAUUGCUUUAAUUCGAAUAGAUCCUUGGCUUUUAACAUCACAAAAAAUAUCUUUAAAGGCAAUAGUGAGGCAUUUACCUGGAGCUGGUUGGGCUAUGGCUUUGAAUGCUUAUAUGUUUUUAACACGACGUUUUGAAAAUGAUCUAGCACAUAUUGAGAAAAUGAUCGAUUAUUACGCAAAUUCAAGGCAUACAUAUCAGUUGCUUCUUUUCCCUGAAGGAACUGAUAAAGAUUACCGAGCAACUGAAAGAAGUCGACAGUUUGCAUUAAAACAGGGUUUAGUCCACUAUAGCUAUGUGCUUCAUCCUCGGACGACGGGAUUUACAGUAAUUUUGAGAAAAAUGCGACAAGUGGGUUACAUAAGGAAUAUAUAUGAUGUGACAGUUGCUUAUGCGGAUGCAAUCGUACAGUCCGAAUUCGAACUAUUUUCCAAUGGUUCCUGCCCGAAGAAUAUUCAUUUUCAUGUGAGUAAAGUCGAUGUCGAUAGUUUACCCGAAAAUGAUGAUGAAUUAAUUGCACUUUGGCUUACGAAUCGUUGGAAGGCAAAAGAGGGAAAACUUGCGCAAUUUUAUCAUUCUGAUGACGCUAAGCAUCGAGCUUUUAAAACUGAUUCAAAUUAUGAUGAAAUUUUUGAACUAACAAAAAUCAAAUUUAUUGCGGUUUACGGAGCUGUGGUUAUAUUCUGGGUGUUUACAUCAGUAUUCUUAAUGUAUGCAUUCCUUUGCUAUCAUUUACAAUAUUUAUUAGCAGUAUUGACAAUUACUAUCUUUCUUGGUUCUCAAUUUUUGCUUGGUGGCUUCGAACAUGUUGUGAUGCAAGCAGUUAAACGCUCUCCGCAAUGUGCUACUGGGUAUGAAAAAAGAGAACAAAAACGGAUAGCAUUAUCGUCAGGUUUUUCAAGAUUAUCUUCAUCCGAAGAAUUGCUCAAGAAAUAA